UUCGAUGCCAAGGCGCGCGCUGAAGUUCAGGACAACAAUCGAUAUGGGUAUGACAGCAGAGAUCGAGACAGGUAUGACCGGGAUCGAUUUGGACGAACCAACGGUGACUCUCGUCAUAAAGAUAUUAAAGAUAGUAAAGAUAGUAAAGACUCUAGUUCCGCAACCGCUGGCAUUGUGCUCGGUGAAAAAGAGAUUGAGCAUGUCAAAGUAAAAACGCUAUAUGGGUAUUGAAGAAAGAGAGAGAAAGGUCCGCAAACGCAACGACAAAAAAUUUGUCUUUGAUUGGAAUGCAGAUGACGACACUUCGCGCGACCUAAACCCCCUCUAUACACACAGGCACAGUGCUCAGCUCUAUGGCCGUGGUCAUUUUGCAGGUAUCGAUCUCAAGGAUCAUAAAUCAAAGAGUGGAUUUUAUGACAAGUUGAUGGCUUCAAGAAGAAGUGAUGUUGAAAUUGCGCGCAUGGGAGAACUGGAUAACAUUGCCGCUCAGAAGGAACGCAAGGUCAAUUAUGCAGAUCGCCAUUGGUCAGAGAAGCCUUUAGAUCAAAUGCGCGACAGAGACUGGCGUAUUUUCAAGGAAGAUUUCAAUAUUGCAUGCAAAGGUGGAAGUAUACCUAACCCCAUUCGUCGCUGGAGCGAAUCUACUAUCGAUCCCAAGAUCUUGGAAGUCAUUGAAAAGAUUGGAUAUACAUCUCCAACACCAAUUCAGCGACAGGCUAUUCCUAUUGGAUUACAGAACCGUGAUAUUAUUGGUAUUGCAGAGACUGGAUCUGGUAAAACAGCUUCUUUCUUAAUUCCCAUGUUACAGUUCAUUUUUGAUCUUCCUAGAUUGAAUGAGCAAAACAUGGUACAUGGACCCUAUGCGUUGAUCCUAGCGCCGACACGUGAAUUGGCACAGCAGAUUGAACAGGAGGCCCUCAAAUUUGCUGUCCCUCUUGGAUUCAACUGUGUAUCCAUUGUGGGAGGACAUGCUGUAGAAGAGCAGGCCUUCAACCUCAGAAACGGAGCAGAGAUCAUCAUUGCUACACCAGGUCGUCUUAAAGAUUGUUUAGAUCGUCGUAUCUUGGUCCUUAAUCAAUGCACAUAUGUGGUCAUGGAUGAGGCUGACAGGAUGAUUGAUAUGGGAUUUGAAGCCGACGUCAACUUCAUUCUGGAUGCUCUUCCAGUCUCUAACCUUAAGCCUGAUACGGAUGAAGCAGAGGAUGCAAGCAAAAUGACAAAAGCUAUCGGUGAGGACUCGAACAAGAAGUACCGUCAGACAACCAUGUUUUCAGCAACCAUGCCUGCGGCGGUCGAACGACUUGCCAAGAGAUAUCUUCGUCGACCUGCUGUUGUCACCAUUGGUACUGCUGGACAGGCUGUCGAGACUGUAGAGCAGCGUGUCGAGAUGAUCACGGACGAAAAUAGGAAGAAGAACCGUUUGAUGGAAUUGUUGAAGGGACAAUUCGCUCCUCCAAUGAUUGUAUUCGUAAACCAAAAGAGAAGCUGCGAUAUGCUUGCUAAGAUGAUCAACAGUUCUGGACUCCGCGCCACAACUUUGCAUGGUGGCAAAUCGCAGGAACAGCGUGAGCUGGCACUGUCACAACUUAAGAAUGGAAAGAGUGAUGUUUUGGUGGCGACGGAUGUUGCUGGUCGUGGUAUCGAUGUCCAAAAUGUUUCUUUGGUGGUGAACUUUGAUAUGGCCAAGAAUAUUGAGGACUAUACUCACCGUAUCGGUCGUACCGGUCGUGCAGGACGGUCUGGUGUAGCUGUGACCUUCCUGUCCAGUUACGAUACAGACGUGUACUAUGAUCUCAAGCAGAUGUUGACAAAAUCUACAUUGGCUACCGUUCCAGCAGAACUUCGGAACCAUGAAGCUGCUAUGACCAAGGGUGGCGUUGGCGGACGUAGAAGAGGCAAUGACGAAUUUUAGAUCUUUUUUUUCUUUUUCUUUUUUUUGUGAUUUGUUUGGUUAUUAAAGAGCAAUAACAUAAUAAAGUAAUAAAUGUAUGGUCACUUCAUAUUAGAAUUAA